UCGAAGUGGUGCAUGAACGAGCUGGUCGAGAUUCUGGAGUGCAAGAAGAGGUAUGAAAACCAUGGUCACCUAGUUGUGCCCAUCUUCCUCCACGUAAAACCAGAAGAUAUUUCGAAGUUGACAAGCGGAAGCGAAUUCGCUCAAGGUUUUGAGAGAUUGUGUGGAAAGGAGAGAGACGAUGGGCAGCUACAGAAAUGGAGGGAUGCCUUGACAGAGACUAAGCAUUUGUCAGGAGUCGACUUGAGGAACGACGCCGGAGAGGAUGAAGCGACACUCGUGGACAUAAUAGUAGAGUACCUUGUCGAGAAAAUCCGUGAAGCACGGCUACUCUACUUUGCGAGAAACGCAAUUGGAGUGGAAUUGGUGGUAGGCGAGGUGAUUUCUUUAAUCAGAACGGGCCAAGAGGAGGACGUGCGCAUCAUAGGUAUAUGUGGAGUAGAAGGAAUAGGCAAGACAAUCGCGGCCGGGGUCAUUUGCGAGCGCAUUCGUCGCGAUUUCGAGUGUUUCGUCUUUCUUGAUAAAAUCGGAGAAGCAGAUCGCAACAGUCUAUUGGGCCUACAAAAGAAGCUGCUCUAUAAUCUCAUAAAGGCGGAAGGAUUGAGGAUGCAUGACGAUAUUCAGACCAACAUCAACGAGAUAAAUAGUAACAUGUGCAUGAAAAGGAUACUCCUUGUUCUCGAUAAUGUCACCAGGAAAGAACAACUUGACUACUUCGGGGCCGGAGAGCGAGAGCUGGUGUGUCCUGGGAGCAGAAUUUUGAUCACAACCAGAGACCAAAACUUGCUGAAAGAACUCAGAGUAGACGACAAGUACAUCAUCAGAGGAUUGGACCCGAACGGAGCGCUUCGUCUCUUCUGUCGUCAUGCCAUAAAGAGAGAAGAACCUCAAGAAGGCCAUGAGGAGUUGUGCAAAAAUCUAGCUCAUUAUGCAGGAGGUCAUCCAUUCUCUCUUAAAAAGUUGGGCUCUUCCCUAUACGGCAAGCCCAAACAUGAAUGGCAUAAAAAAUUAGAGGAGUUGAAGAGAUGCCCUUAUCUCGAUUCGCUCUUCCGUUCGUUCGGGCCAGUUGGGCCAUAUGGAGGUCAAGGCGGCGAUGCUUUUGAUGAUGGGACGCGUACUGGUGUGCGGCAAAUUAGGCUGUAUGGACAGACAGUUAUUGAUUCCAUCACCAUCGAUUAUGACCAGAACGGGUGUUUGCUGAGAUCCUUCCAGCACGGUGGACAUUUCCGUGACAAUGAAAGGCUGGUAAGAUUAGAUCAUCCAAGUGAAUACCUCAUUUCUGUAUCGGGCCAUAUUGAUGAUUAUGGAGGUCAUGAUGUUGUUCGGUCUCUCAAGCUCCAUAGCAACAAGAAGACGUACGGACCAUUUGGAUCUGAAAUAGGAUUGCCUUUUGAUCUCUCACAUUCUGGUGGACGGAUUGUCGGGUUUCAUGGGAAAUGUGGCAGCCAUCUCCACUCCAUCGGAGCCCAUUUCGGGCCGAUUUCUCACAUGUAUCCAUUUGAAGUCGUGGGACCAUUUGGUGGUGAUAGUGGUGUGGACAUUUGGGACGAUGGAAAACACACAGAUGUGAGGCAAAUCAUCUUAGGCUUCGAUUCGGCAAUUAAGUCCAUCUCUAUCUUAUAUGAUGAACAUGGACAUCUAGUUGGUCCGUUCUCACAUGGCCCAAGUGGAGGAGGCAAAACAUAUACGAUUAAACUUGACCAUCCAAAUGAGUACUUAACAUCCAUCUCGGGCUACACUGAAGAAGUUUCCGGACUCAUCAUUCUUCAGUCAUUGACAAUCCAUACUAAUAGAAGGGAUCAUGGACCGAUCGGAACAGCUAAUAAAGGGAGGCAUUUUUCAUUUCCAUACACUGGCGGCAAAAUUGUCGGGUUCCAUGGGACCUGCGAUGGCCCUCGUCUCGAGUCUAUCGGAGCUUUUUAUGAGCCGAUUCCUCAUACAUAUCCCGUUAAGGUUUUUGGGCCUUUUGGAGGCGAAGGCCAGAAAUCCUGGGAUUUGGUGGAUUUAAAGGGGAUUGAUGUUCAGUACGCAGACUUCAUCAAGUCUAUUACUUUUGAAGUGGACGUCGCCGCCAGCACCGAACCGGAAACUAGUUAUGGUGGAAAUGGCGGGAAGAAUAGUUUCAAGGUUAAACUGAGAAAUGGAGAGUACAUAACUUCCUUUGCUGGAUAUCUCAAGAAUGCAAAUGAUAGAGGCACUCUAAUCAACUCGCUCACAUUUCAAACCAACAAAAGAAUAUUGGGACCCAUUGGUAGUGAGGAAGGGGUGUACUUCUCCUUACCAUCGGAAGCUGGGAAAGUUAUCGGCUUUUUCGGGACAAGUGAUGAUUUUCUCGAAUCUAUUGGAGCACAAAUCGAGCUAUACUCUAACAAGCUCUAUCCCUUUGAGUCUGUGGGGUUAUUUGAGAGCUCGGAUGCCCCAUCUUGGGAUGAUGGCAAUAUGCAUACCAAUGUAAGGACAAUCAUAGUCGAAUUUGAACCAAGUAAAAUGUCAUUUAUUCGAUCAAUCACCUUUCAGUAUGAAGAGGAGAAUAGAGAAUUACGGCAAUCUAAGACACAUGGAGGCAUUGACGGAAACAAGUUCCAUACAGUACGGAGCGUCGGCAUCCAUACGAUCAAAAUACAUGAUCCAGAUGAGUAUUUGACUUCAAUAUCCGGGUAUCUAUAUGAGUAUGUUCCCCACAGCGGCAUUCGGUCUCUCACGUUUCAAACUAACAAAAAGACAAUCGGACCUAUAGGUGAUCAAAUGGGAUUGCAUGAUGGACGGUGUGAUUGGGGAUUCCACCUCUACUCUCCUGCAACGGGUGGCAAAAUUGUUGGAUUUUUUGGUUGGAGUGGUGAAUAUCUUGAAGCAAUUGGAGCAUAUUUUGAACCCAUCUCAAAUCUCUACCCAAUCAAAUCGAUCGGACCGUUUGGAGGCCUUGGCGGAUGUGCUGGGGAUGACGGGAAAUUCAACGGUGUGAGGGAAAUUGUGGUAAUGCAUGACGAUGUUAUCCGCUACAUUAUGUUUGUGUAUGACAAGCAUGGUGAACAAUUUUGCUCAGUUAUGCAUGGUAGCCACACCACAAAAGACAAGGCCAAGGUCACUAGGGUUAUAUUGGAUUAUCCACGGGAGUACUUGACAUGUAUCUCUGGUUACAAGCGAGAGGAUGGUGACGAUGAUGUGGAUAACACUAUUGUUCAGUCGCUCACAUUUCAUAGUAAUAGAGGAAGACACGGUCCCUUUGGCAAGGAGAUGGGGAACUACUUUUGGUAUCCGUCGACCGGAAGCAGAAUCAUCGGCUUUUAUGGAACAUGCGGUAUGACUCUCAAUGCCAUAGGAGCGUACGCAGAGCCUAUGCCACACCUGUAUCCUUUUAAGACUAUUGGACCCUUUGAAGGCUCUGGUGGUGGUCGUACUCAAUGGGAUGAUGGAGUGCAUACUGAUGUGAGGGCAUUUCAUAUUAGUUUUGGCGACGCAAUUCGCUCCAUCAUGAUUAUGUACGAUAACAAUGGCUCCAUCGUCCCAUGCUCUCAACAUGGCCAAGGAGAUGGGCCUCUAGACACCUGGGUCAAUUUAGAUUAUCCCAAAGAGCGUCUAGUUUCAAUAUCCGGUUGCAUGAACGGGAAUAGAAACACUCCGCAAGCACAAAUUAUCAUACACAACCUGAGCAUACAUACCACGAAAACUACUUACGGGCCAUUUGGAUCAAAGGACUCUCUUGGAAGGUCAACGGGAUUUCGUAUUCCACCGGCAUCAAAUGGUGGCAGGAUUGUUGGCUUUUUCGGAAGUGCGGGAUCACAUCUUAAUUCUAUCGGAGCGCGCUUGGAAUCAUAUUAGAUCAAAGCCCCUC